CGUCAACUUAAAAAACUAAGCACCUUCAUUCGUUGACUACCGACCGACUGCUCUUAGUCUUUAGAAGUCUCUCCCCAGCUCUCCAUCUGUUUCAUUCUAGCAAUUUCAGUCGAUGAAAAGAAGCGAUUCCCUGAGUGAAGCAUCGUAACAGAACCAAAUGAUAUGCAGCUCACAUUAACAUCACCGGGCUUUACAUCUCGACUAAGGGUUCUGGCAGAACGUGUGGGCAGUGGGCGAGUUUAGUGGCAGCAGACAUUCUAGUAGGUUUAUUACAUCAAAUGGCUUCUUUAGAGGGGGACAAGGUCCCAAUGUUAUCAAACGAGAUGGAUUCACUGACCAUUGAGCUUCAAGAAUCCAAUAGGCGGAGGUUUUCAUCACGAACACGGAGUGCUUCAAUGUCAAUUAAUGUGAACACCACACAGCCCCAUGAAAACCAAGGUAACUUUGUGAGCCAUUCUGGUCCAUUGGGGAAUGUUACAAAAACUGCAUUCACACCAACGAGUGGUCUAUUCAAGAUUUUCACGCCUACCACAUCGGUUGUCAAUAGCAAAAAGGAGCAUCUAUUGAAGUCUGGCCAACUGGGAGUCUGUAAUGAUCCUUACUGUACAACAUGCCCGACUUAUUCCAGCAAUAAAACGCAAGAGCAGUCAAGACCUUUGAUCAUGUAUGACUCUAAGUUCUAUAACAUUCUUUAUGGGGAUUCAGAAGGAAGGGCACAAGGGAUCUUAACUUCUCUACGGAAAUUUAUUCCUGUUGUCAUGAACCCUCAUACUAAGCAUGUUAAGCAGUGGAACAAAUUCUUCGCAUGCUCUUGUUUAUUCGCCGUCUUCCUGGAUCCAUUAUUCUUCUUCUUGCUGUCUGUGCACGAGCAGAAAAAUAAGUGUAUAGUUAUUAGUUGGACUGGGACAAUGGCAAUAGUUAUCCUCCGAAGCAUAACGGAUUUCAUCUACUUCCUACAUAUUCUGCUUCAGUUUCGGCUAGCUUAUGUUGCCCCAGAAUCUAGAGUAUUUGGUGCUGGUGACUUAGUUGACGAUCCCAAGGAAAUUGCCCUGAAUUAUCUACGUGGAUACUUUCUUGUGGACUUCUUUGUAGUAUUGCCUCUUCCUCAAAUUAUCGUAUUAACUGUCCUACCUAAGUUAUUGGGAGUGUCUGGAGCCAAUUACUCAAAGAAUCUUCUACGAACAGCAAUCCUGCUUCAGUAUAUUCCACGGCUAUUUAGGUUUCUACCAUUGGUCGCUGGUCAAUCUCCAGUUGGCUUCAUAUUUGAAUCUGCUUGGGGUAACUUUGUCAUAAAUUUACUCACUUUUGUAUUAGCUGGCCAUGUUGUGGGAUCAUGCUGGUACCUGCUGGGGUUGCAGAGAGUUAAUCAAUGUCUUCGAGAUGCAUGCUAUGUCUCUGGAACCAAUGAUUGCAAGGUGUUCAUUGAUUGUGGAUAUGUGGAAAACAUUGAAAGACUGCCCAACCCCGCAAGGCAGAACUGGACAGUUAACACAAAUGCAACUGCAUGCUUUGAUCAAGAUGGUUACCCUUAUGGGAUAUAUGUCCAAGCUGUCAAUCUCACAACGGAGAAACAUAGUGUCCUCACCCGUUAUAUUUACUCGUUGUUUUGGGGAUUUCAGCAAAUUAGUACAUUGGCUGGAAAUCAAGUUCCAAGCUAUUAUGAAUGGGAAGUACUUUUCACUAUGGCUAUAGUUGCCCUGGGCUUGUUGCUUUUUGCACUUCUAAUCGGAAACAUGCAGAACUUCUUACAAUCUCUUGGACGCAGGAGAUUAGAAAUGUCACUAAGGCGUCGUGAUGUGGAGCAGUGGAUGAGCCACAGGCGAUUACCACAUGAGCUAAGAAGGCAUGUUCGAGAAGCUGAACGUUAUAAUUGGGCUGCCACAAGAGGAGUAAAUGAAGAGAUGGUGUUGGAGAAUUUGCCUGAAGACCUCCAGAGAAAAAUACGCCGGCACCUAUUCAAAUUUGUCAAGAAGGUUCACAUAUUUACUCUAAUGGAUGAACCAGUCCUAGAUGCUAUCUGUGAAAGACUACGACAAAGGACAUAUAUAAAAGAAAGUAAAAUCUUGUACAGUGGUGGUCUGAUCGAUAAAAUGGUGUUCAUUGUUCGGGGAAAAAUGGAGAGCUAUCAAGGAGAUGGGAUCAAAUCCUCUCUAUCUGAAGGGAGUGUUUGCGGUGAAGAACUCCUUAGUUGGUGCCUUGAACAUUCUUCAACAAGUAAAGAUGGACGAAAGGGCAGUAGCAGAAUUCCUAGCCAAAAAUUGCUCAGCAACAGGGAUGUGAAAUGUGUAACAAAUGUAGAAGCAUUUAUUCUCAGAGCAGCUGAUCUUGAGGAAGUCACUAGUCUCUUUGCCAGAUUUUUGAGGAAUCCAAGAGUUCAAGGGGCCAUAAGGUACUCAUCACCAUACUGGCGAGGUCUUGCUGCAAGCCGCAUACAGGUGGCAUGGAGGUACUGGAAUAGGCGUUAUAAUCAAAAGCCUUGCAGAUAAUAUUUUUGAAUUGAGCAAACCAAUGAUUGAUAGGUCAGAAGGGUGACAUUUUGGUAAUGUGCGCUAGUAUGUAAUUUUCUUAAUAGGAUGUGUUUGGUCGACUCUUCAACUGUGUAAGAAUUUCUCGAUGAUUUGUUAUUUGUGUAAAAGUUAUAUAAUGAGGUUGAUUGGGACAUUAA